UCCUCUACUCCAUCUCUUUCCGUUUCAUUGCAUCCCGAUCAGGGAGUUCCUGGGUUGGAGAUGAGAUUGGUUGUUAAGAAAACAAUGGCUGCUUUGUGAGAGGGUCCCGCUGUGAUAGGAUUGGUGGGGGGCACAUAGAUGGCCAGGGCUUAGUGAAGCGUAGCCACUUCAUUAGUCAGGGUUCUCCUCGUGCACCUCCUCCCCUCAUCCCUUUCUUUCUCUCUCUCCCUCCCUCCGUCCCGUCAUUCCCUUGCUGGCGUUCCCUCCACCCAGUCGUGGACGCAGAGGCAGGAGCCGCUCUGGCCGAACAUUUCUGAACACUGUGCAGGGACCUGACUUGGUUAGUUCACAGUGUGUCCAAUAGGCUGACAGGAGUUGGACGCUGGACAGGUUUCUUCAGUAGUUUGAGUUGUUUCUGUUCCGCGGUAAGUGAGAUGAUGUCAGACUUGCGUCUCCUCUCGUCUGGACGCAUCACUCCCUGUUGUUUAGAAUGAAGAAGUGAACUUCUGGUGAACACAAUCAUGGCUGUCCAGACUGGCAUCCAGGUUUGGUUCAGCGAGAAGUUCGACGCCCCCCUGCUGAGUCCCAGGUGCCCCCGCAGCCCAUUGGCUCAGCGGCACGGCCCCGGCCUCUCCAACGUUUUCCAGUAUGACCAGUGGCUGGCGGUCCGUCACGAGGCCACGCUGGUCCCCAUGCAGGAGGACCUGGCCAUCUGGCUCAGUGGCAUGUUGGGAGAGGAGGUGAGAGCCGAACUGUUCAUGGAGGAGCUGGAUAACGGCGUGAAGCUCUGCCAGCUGAUCGGCGCCCUGCAGACCAAGGUCGCCCAGACCUGCCCCACAGCGCUACCCAAGCUCUUCCCCACCAGGAAGGUGGCCUGUAAGCGCGACGCCUCCCCGGGUUCCUUCUUCGCUCGGGACAACACGGCCAACUUCCUGGCCUGGUGCCGGCACGUCGGCGUGGACGACACCUACCUGUUUGAGUCGGAGGGCCUCGUGCUGCACAAGGAGCCUCGGCAGGUGUGUCUGUGUCUGCUGGAGGUCGGCCGGAUCGUCUCCAGAUACGGGGUGGAGCCGCCCGUGUUGGUGAAGCUGGAGAAGGAGAUCGAGCUGGAGGAGACGCUGCGGAUGACGGAAGAACCUCCCGCCGCGGUGAAGACCUUCAGCGUGUGCUGCCAGCACGGGGCGCUCUACCACCCAGAGGAGCUUAGCAUGGAUGACCCUCCCUGUAACUGCUCCAACAAGGUGUCCAUAGAGUACCUGUCGGAGGGACGCUACAGACUGGGCGAUAAGACCAUCUUCAUCAGAAUGCUGCACGGCAAACACGUGAUGGUGCGAGUUGGCGGGGGCUGGGACACCCUGAGGGGCUUCCUGACCAAGUACGACCCUCUGCGGGUGCUGCAGUUCACCACACUGGAGCAGAAGAUCCUGGCCUUUCAGAAGGGCCCACCUGGUUUGGGCGGUCACCGUGCCAACAACGCUCCACCCCCUCCGCCUCAUAUGGACCCUCUUGCUGCAGUUAAUGGCCUCAUCUCCUCCUCUGCUUCCUCCUCUUCCUCCUGCUCUUCAUCAGCAUCUGCACCCCCUGUAGGACAGAGCUGCCGCUCAUACGUCCCCUCCCCUGCCUGCACCCCCAUCUUGGCGAGGAAAGGUUCUGCUGCUGUACCGAAGAAGGACCUCCAGACGGUGCUGUCCUCCCCCAGGAAGCCCACCCAACUCCCCCUACCCGUCCCCACCAAAGGCUCCUCUUCUCUGCCCUCCUCACCUGUGAGCAGCUCCUGCAGGUGGGCCCCCAGCCCGGGCAGUCACCGCAGAGCCCUGACUCCAUCAGCUCCCCCUGUGGAGCCAAGCUCUGCCUCGAAGCUAAAGCCCCGCCCACAUGGUCCUUCUGCCCACCCCAGGAGCCCGGUCUGCCCUGAGCCUUCCUCCAAAUGCCCCAAACCUUCCAGCCCAUGUACCUCCCCCGCUACUGAGCACAUGCCCCGUUCCACCACCGUAUCUGCCCCCAGAGACAUUAAGCCUCCCUCGGGCGCCAGCCAGCGCUCCCACCUUGCACAGAGGCGCUCCUGCUCUCCGGCGUCACGCCUCCGACUGGGGACAAUGAGGAAGGCCAGGGUGGCCACAAGGACUGUGCCGGUACAAAAAACGGUACCCCGACAGUUCCCGUCCCCCUGCUCCCAGGCUGGCUCCUCCCGUGCCCCAACCCCCUGCUCCCAGGCUGUGUCCCUAGCAACAGUAACUUCUAUCUGCUCCAUGUCAAAGGUUAAAAUCAAGGUGGCCUCUGCCAUCCCUGGGCCGGUCCCAAGUAUUCCCUCCUCUUCCUCUAAAGGUAAUCAGAAGGCCCCCCCCACAGCACAGAGGACUGUGAGAAAACCAGCAGCUCCAGGGAACCCCAGCACAAAGACGGCGCUGAAGCCUGAAGCAACGACAACUCAACCCACAACCUCUCAGAGAAACCCAGUGAAAGCUGCAGAGAAGAUCCCACAGAGCAAGACCAGGAGUGACAAGCCAUACUUUGAAAUGACCACUAGGAGGAAGCAGAGAGCCUGAAACGGCACCCUCUAAACAAGGCUUCAUGAAACCAGCAGCACUUGUUGGUGCUCAGACUUUACAUUGAUAUCAUCUCUAAUCCUUGUGUCUGAUCAUGUCUGUAAUUUUGUUUUUGAUUAUUCUUUUUAAUUAUUUAAGUCUUUUUUUUAUCCAACUGUGAUCUCUUUAGAGAUCAGAUUUACAUUAAUAAACUCAAAACUUGCACAAUGUUUACAUUUAAUUAUGACAAUAUUUAAAUCAUAAAUGGUCUUAGAGGGAAAUUAUGUUCAACAUACCACAUGAAACUUUUUAGACCCAACUCAUGAAUAUAGUUGGUUUAAGACAAGUUUUACAUAAACUUCUGUCUUUCCUUAGCAGGUUACCAAAGUUGAAAAAAA